AUGGAUGUUGUGGCCGCAUCCAAAGGCACCGUACUAGUCGCCGUAUUUAUGCCUCUACAGUGUGCCUCAUGUCACCGGCAACUAAAGCGGCUAUCCUACAUGUCUUCGAACCUGGCCGAUGUUCGAGUGAUUGUGGUUGCACCAUAUUACGAAGCGCCAGUGACAGUAGCACGUACACAGUCCGAGUUUCCUCGUUUGAUUGUCGACCGUGAUGUGAGCAAUACAUGGAAAACCUACGACGCAACUAAUCAUGAUAAGAUCGUUUUUGACAGGUGUGGUCGCGUCACUCAAAUUCUGUCGCAUCCCCGUAGCGAUAUGACAGCAAAUCGUGAUACUUUGGAUGCGAUUGAUAGAGCUCGUGGACAUUCACCAUGUGGUCCGUGUAACAAUGCGGCUCACGACGAUGACAGAUUACGCAAAACCGCUAACAGUGUUGAUGCUUUCUUGAAGACGACCGUUGUUCAACAGCAACAACAAGCCGGUAAUGGUCACUAUUUGAAUGGUCAGAAUGUUCGUUCGAAUGGACCCUUUAAUAGACGACAAAACAACGAGGAUAAUCACCAGCAAGUGGACAACACAAGGCGCAAUGUACAAGUACAGAAGCAGAAUACACCAAGCCAGGAGUACGGUAAUGCACGCUAUUACCAAACGACAACUGCAAUCCCACUUCGCGAACAAGAAAUGAACUUGAACUCGCAACAACCAAAUUUCCGUCAGUCGUCGAAUGCACUUUACGGCGGACGGCAUAAGAGUGUAAAUAUUUAA